AUGGAAGAAAAGCAAACGAACAUAAUGAAAGACGCCGAAUACAUGGAAUCUCGAGAAGAAGACGAAGAAGAAGAGCAAGAGGAGGCACUCUCGCUCUGCGACCUUCCACUUAACCCCAAUUCCAGAACUCCAAGCUUCGACGAAACGUCGCUUAAGAAAAUACUCCGACCCUCCUCGUUACACGAUAACGCCGCCGAGAUUUUCAACGGCUUCAGCAGCAGCAGCAGCUCCGACAUGUGCCCCGCCGAUGACAUCAUUUUCUGCGGCAAACUCCUUCCGCUCAAAAGCCUCAUCGUCGAAGAGGAUAAAUCUCCCGCGCGCCGUCGGCGAUCGGAGUCUCUCUCCUCCGUGACGCGAUCGAACAGUGUCACGUGCAUCGGCUCUCGCCGCCUCAUGAUGAGGAACAGCAAGAGUUUGGAUUACAAUAGGCUACGAGAGUCCUCCAAUCCGGAGGUUGACCGGAAUUCCUCCGCCAGGAGCGGCGCGCUGCAGGAGGCUGCGUCGAAGAAGGCGACGAAGCCGCGCUGGUACUCUCUGAUGUUCGGGACGAUGAAGGUGCCGACUGAGAUGGAGCUGAGCGACAUGAAGAAUCGGCAGGUUCGGCGGAACGCAUCGAGCACGAUGUUUGUUGCGGCGGAGAAGGUGGGCGGGAAUCGUAGCCCGGGGAAGGUGUCGUGGAGAAUACUGAAGGCACUGAGUUGCAAAGAUCACAGCAGCGUGGCGGUAACGACGUCGUUUCCAUUGCCUCAAGCGUCGUAG